AUGGCCUCCGGAUCUCGUGGCUGCGGCCAAGGCAGCGCCGUCGCCGGUGCCGGUGCUCUGGACACCCUCACCAACCCUGACCUCGCGCUCCUGCCGGCCGUGGACCUUGUGGUCCAUCUGCACCGCGACGACCGCAGCGGAUCCGACUUCGCGGACGUCGCGCUCGUGCUCGCCGUGCGCGAGCGCAGGCUCGCCGAGGCGGAAGCUCGGAUCCGCGAGGCCGACGUGGACGCCGCUGGCCUGCGGGAGAGGAUCCGCGCGCUGGAACGCCGGAUUGGAGCUGCCGAGCUCAUGGGUGGCGAGAUCCGGCCACGGGACCUCGCGGCCAGCGAGACCGUCGUUGUGCCCGAGCUCCUGGCUGGCGAGAUCACUCCUGUCGAGAUCAUCAACGCCACGCCUGCCGAGGUCGGGGACAACAUGCCAAGACGUACCCCGCGGAGGAAGAUUGGCGCCACACUCCCAGCUGCUAGCUCGAUGCCGGACGAGCUGGCUGAGGAGAGGGCACUAGAGCGGGUCGUUUUGGAUUCCCGUGAGGUGGUGCAGGCAGGAGCGGUGGAUUCCCGUGAGGAGAUUUCAGAGGCUGUCGCCAGCAGGAGAAAGAAGGAACCAACGGCUGCACUUGUAUCUCACGAGAAGGAAGAAGAACCUUUGCAGAAGAAGCCGAAGCUCGCUGGUGAUUUGGGUGUGGCCUCCAAGGACAGUGACACCAACAGUGACAGUCAAGUUGAAGAGACGGAAGAGGAACUACACUUCACAGAAGCACAAGGCUGGAAGAUGCUGGACAUCCUGAAAGCUCAAGUUGCUGCAUGGGAGUCCGAAUAUGAUGCUGCGGAUGCUGCACAGGGCACGCUCCAAACAACAGAAACUCCACCACCUUUGGAGGAGGUCCAGACUGUGAUCGAGGUUGAGGCUCACGAAAGAAAUGAGGCUAUAGUGGCUAGGCUCCAAGAAGAGAUCAUCUUACACGAGAGAAGGCUCGAGGAGGUUAAGGAUAGAGCUAAAAAGACCGAGGAACGUCUUUGUGCUGAAAUCACCAAGUGCAAGGAUAAAGCCUCUAAGACUGAAGCAGUCCUCUGGGAUGAGAUCUUGUUGGCUCGUAGCAGUGCAGUCACAGAACUCGAGGUCUGGAAGCAUAGUGUAGUAGAAGCCCAAGGACAGAUCCGUGAAGCCUCCAUGACCGUGGCACGGCUCUGCAAUGAGAUCGAAGCAAGAAAGCACAUAGCAUCUGAAACUGAGAUGUGUCUUGAAACUCAGGACAAGAUCAUUGCCAUGCUGCAGGCCAAGGUUGAAGAGGGCAAGUGUAAGCUCGCCAAGGCUGAGUCUCGGAUCCGUGUCUCCGACGAGCUCGCCACCCAACUGCAGGACAAUAUUGAGGCGAGUGAAAAGAAUAGAGCCAUCGAGGUGGAGGCACAUAUCCACCGAGCCACAAAGAUCGAGGAGGACCUGCAGGCAAAGAUCAGUAUGUUGGAGCUCAAGAUCGCCAACUUGGAGGCACACGGGUCUGGCAUCAGCAGAAGUGACCACACAGUUGCUAUUCAUGAGCACAACCAUUCUUGUACUGUACCCAAGAUCGAGCUGCAUGGAGUGGUGCCUGCAGGAGCCACUAUGAAGGCACAAAGGCAAAAGGGCGUUUCAUUCUACGAUAAAAUUUACAAAUCUGAAAUGGAGAAAAGAAAGCUCAUAGGAAAUCAAGAAAACGAGGAGAUUCUUAAGAAGCAAGCUGCUAAAGCUGCCUCUAAGGCGCUAUCUCUCAGGUGUUGGUCACAAGCACCACAUUUGCCAGCACUGUUAGGGUCACAGACUGCGGAGGAGGAUUCUGAUGAAGCUUGA